AUGGAGGUAUCCAACCAGUCUUCUGUGAUAGAAUUUGUCUUGCUUGGCCUCUCUGCCCAUCCAAAACUAGAGAAAAUGUUCUCUGUGCUCAUCCUGCUGAUGUACCUGGUGAUCCUGCUGGGCAACGGGGUCCUCAUCCUGGUGACUGUGUCCGACUCCUGCCUGCACACACCCAUGUACUUCUUCCUUGGGAACCUCUGCUUCCUGGACAUCUGCUACACAACCUCUUCAGUCCCUCUGGUCCUGGACGGUUUCCUCACUCCCAGGAAAACCAUCUCCUUCUCAGGCUGUGCAGUGCAGAUGUUCCUCUCCUUUGCCAUGGGAGCCACAGAGUGUGUGCUCCUGGGCAUGAUGGCGUUUGAUCACUACGUGGCCAUCUGCAACCCACUUAGGUACCCAGUAGUCAUGAGCAAGGCUGCCUAUGUGCCCAUGGCUGCCAGCUCCUGGGUGGCUGGUGGAGCCAACUCCUUGGUGCAGAUCUCUCUUGCAGUACAGUUACCCUUCUGUGGGGACAAUGUCAUCAACCAUUUCAUCUGUGAGAUCCUGGCAGUUUUAAAGUUGGCCUGUGCUGACAUCUCCAUCAAUGUGAUCAGCAUGGGGGUGGCCAACGUGAUCUUCCUGGGGGUCCCAGUGCUCUUCAUCUUUGUCUCCUACAUCUUCAUACUCACCACUAUUUUAAAGAUUCCCUCAGCUGAGGGGAGGAAAAAGGCUUUCUCCACCUGCUCUGCCCACGUUACUGUGGUGAUUAUCUUCUAUGGAACCAUCCUCUCAAUGUAUGGGAAGCCCAAAUCCAAGGAUCCCCUAGCGGCAGACAAACAGACCCCAGACAAACUCAUCUCCCUCUUCUAUGGACUUCUGACUCCCAUGCUGAACCCCAUCAUUUACAGUCUGAGGAACAAGGAUGUUAAGACUGCUGUGAGAAGCCUGGUGGCUCAGAAAUGCUUGACUCAGUGA